AUGGCUCCACGAGGUCCUCGCGCCGGCGUCGCUCAACGCGCAAACAGAGGCGCUACCACUGGAGCAAAAACAACUACAAGAGGAGGUGUACAGAAGAAGAGAGCAGGUGUCACCAGAACCGACAUGGAUGGCGACCUUGACAUGGACGCUGUCGGCAAACGACCUACAAAGUCAGCCACAACCGAAACGAAAGGCCCCAGAGCACGACCAACAAAGUCUGGCCCGGGAAAAAACCCUCGAGGCAUUUCAACAGCCGCCCAGACCGUUUUGAAGCAUCUGAAAGGAAAUGAUGGUUCUAGCCUUGCUUCCAGGGUUUCUGCGGCCAGCUCGGGGCGCACUACUAGGGCGAAAGGCAAGGGAGCCAAUUUGCACUUUCUCCGUGUCCAUGGUUUGAAGCAGAGUAAAGCAGCGAGUAAUCAAGACGGUGGACUUAGUGAUCUGUUGGCCUUCAUAGAAAGAAAAGCAUCAUCAUUCACCACAGGAAAACAAGCACGACAAAUUAUGAUAAAAAAGUCACACAUGGUUGGGGAUUACGUCUUUGUUGGUGCCGCGAAAGAGGAUGCAGACGAAAUCUUGAAACUCAACACCUUCACGUUUGCCGGCGCGCAACUGGAGAUUGUUGAGUCCACGGAGGAUUUAGCAUAUCAGAAUAAAGCAACAGAGUCCAAGGAGACCCAAGAGCUUAGAGCCAAGCUACAGGCUAUUCUAAGCCAGCGGUAUUUGGGUGCAAAUAAGCUCUUGAAACUCGACGCACUUGCAUCAGAUGCCGAACUCGUCACGAUGGGCAUGUUCGAGAACCGAGAUCGCGCUCUCAAAACGUUCAAGGGUCUCAUGGCAAUCUGUGAUGGGUUAUUCAAGACAGCGACGGAGAAACGCGAAGCGAUUGAAAGCAUCAGUCUCGCGAACAAUAGCAUUGAUGACGUUUCUCAAGUUGAAUCAGUGGCGACAACAUUCCCGCAAUUGAAGAAUCUCGAUAUGAGCGGAAAUCAAAUAGCCAACAUGGCGGCACUUGAAAAGUGGAAGGGUAAAUUCAAGGCCCUGGAAACUAUAUACAUGACAGGAAAUCCUAUCGAAACGGCGGACUCCAACUACAAACCGACACUACUGCAGUGGUUUCCUAAACUCCAGGACGUCAACGGCGUACAACUUCGCACGGCUCAACAAAUAGCGGAACAAGAAGCGGCAUCAAAGCCGAAGCCUAUCCCGCAGAGCGGUCCAGACUUCCGCGAUGUGAAUGGCAUUGGUGAGAACUUUCUCCUAGAAUUCUUCACUGCUUACGACAACGAUCGGCAAGGGCUGGCAUCCAGGCUAUAUGACGAUGGCAGUCAAUUCUCACUAGCGAUCGACACACAGUCGGUUAGGGACACAGAUGCCCCCGCUCCAAUGCCAUGGAGCUCCUACAUCAAGUUCUCUCGGAACCUGGUCAAGAUCACGCAUCAAAAUGCCAGAGUUCAGCGGCUCUUUAAGGGAGCCAGCGUCAUCCACGACUUGUGGAAAGGUUUGCCGCCGACCAAACACCCCAAUAUCAAGGACGAGCUCAGCAAGUACAUCAUGGACUGCCAUCCACUGCCGGGUCUUGCCGACCCAACUGGCCAGAACAGGUUGGGCGUGGAUGGGUUGAUCAUUUCAGUGCAUGGAGAAUUCGAAGAAUACGAUCAAAAGACGGCAGCGGUCGGCAAGCGAAGCUUUUCGCGGACCUUUGUCCUUGGCCCUGGUCAGCCCGGCAAGGGACCUAUUCGAGUUGUCAGUGAUUUGUUGUCACUGAGAGCAUUCAGUCCGCUGCCAAACGUCUUUGUCGCACCAAAUCAACCUCCGGCGGGGAGCAACGACAACACCAACAAUCAGCAUCAGGCAAUGAUUGCUGAAUUGUGCAAACAAACAGGCAUGGUCCCUCAGUAUUCGGAAAUGUGUCUGUCCCAAGUUGGGUGGGAGUUUGACAAGGCCCUGGUGAUAUUCAACGAGAAAAAGGCUCAGUUACCACCGGACGCGUUCGCCGCGCCACCUCAGUAA